AUGCAACAUGAUUAUUAUGUAACUUUUGAGAUAAAUUGCAAAUGGACACUAAAUGCAGGUGCUCCAACAAUAUAUCCUAUCCAAAUUGGCUUUCCAACUCAAUUUGACAAAUUAGAAGAUGAAAUCUAUAUAAAUCUCAAUGAAUCAACUAGGAAAUUCACACAAAACUUCUCACAGAAAAUGACAGACAAAGUCAUCCAAUCAAUUAUCCAAGAACCUUUCUUAUUUCAGUUCAUUUUACCGGCCACUUCGAAUCUCACUGCUACAAUUAACUCCCAUUCCGAAAAUGAUAGAAUACAAGUUGACGCUUGGCCACUUCUUUUAGAAAAUAGAACUUCAAUUACAAUAAAUUCAAAGCCUCCUAACUUUAGAUCGCUAAGUAUCACAAUUUCUAUUGAUAGACCGAUUCUAUCACAGCACUAUUUACGAAUAUUUACACCCGUAUUUGUUACACUCGUUGAUUUAAUUAACAUGCCAGAUAAACCUUAUUCAUUUGAAGAGAUGGAAGAAAAAUACAUUCCUGUAUAA